AUGUCCUCUGCCACAGCUGCAUGUCCUCUGCCACCGCUGCAUGUCCUCUGCCACAGCUGCAUGUCCUCUGCCACAGCUGCAUGUCCUCUGCCACAGCUGCAUGUCCUCUGCCACAGCUGCAUGUUCUCUACAGUCUCUGCCACAGCUGCACGUCCUCUACAGUCUCUGCCACAGCUGCACGUCCUCUGCCACAGCUGCAUGUUCUCUACUGUCUCUGCCACAGCUGCAUGUCCUCUGCCACAGCUGCAUGUCCUCUGCCACAGCUGCAUGUCCUCUGCUACAGCUGCAUGUUCUCUACAGUCUCUGCCACAGCUGCACGUCCUCUACAGUCUCUGCCACAGCUGCACGUCCUCUGCCACAGCUGCAUGUUCUCUACAGUCUCUGCCACAGCUGCAUGUUCUCUACAGUCUCUGCCACAGCUGCAUGUUCUCUACAGUCUCUGCCACAGCUGCAUGUUCUCUACAGUCUCUGCCACAGCUGCAUGUUCUCUACAGUCUCUGCCACAGCUGCAUGUUCUCUACAGUCUCUGCCACAGCUGCAUGUUCUCUACAGUCUCUGCCACAGCUGCAUGUUCUCUACAGUCUCUGCCACAGCUGCAUGUUCUCUGCCACAGCUGCAUGA